CGCAUACUCAAGUUCCAGUGUUACCUUAAGUCAAACUAGAAGGCAACUCUACGUUUCUUAAGUUGUUAACAGGCCGAUUUUUCAUCUCUAUUUGCCUUCAUUGCUGUCAAUCUGUGUCAAGCGUCGUACACGUACUAGAUCACCAAUGUACGUGCUGCUAAUUGCCUUUUGCUAUUUACAAGCAACUGCAGAUGGUGUCGACAAUACUCUGCAAUGCGGAAGUGACGUUCACUAUCUAUCAAAUGAAAGCUUUCAAGUCUACCAAGUGGCUAAAGGUGAAAUACGUUUGCGUCCUCCUCCAUCCCGACUACGACAAUUGGCCAAAGGAGAGAGACCUCUUUGGUAUGCAUCUCCACGCCUUACCAACGAUACAAUAUCAGCGUUUGUACAACGAUACGACACGCUAGCUGUUACUAUGAGUGAACUGUUUGACAAGACUAAAGUAUCGUACGUACUGAAAGGAAACAGUAACUACAAAAGCAGCAAAGUCACUUUGCGACUUGGAAAACCUGUAAUGCUGCUUGUUCAAAACGCGUCCGAUAUCAUAUCAGUCGACAGAAAAUCUUUCUUUCGCUUGUGCUUCAAACUAUCAGGCGUCCCUUCUCCUAACCUAUCACUACACCACUCUCCAGGAGAUGGCAACGAGCAAAAACAAACACCAAUAAGAGCAAAACGAUACAGAGUCAAUGGAAACUGCCUGGAAUUCGGACCUGCAUGGCCAAGAGACUCCGGCAAUAUAUCACUUAACGCCACUAAUUGCUUCAACUCGGUCACACAUUCUUUUCGACUAUACGUUAAUGGUACGUAACUCCAAGCCAUGCACGUGCAACACUCACAGUUGUUGCACUCAAUUUUUGUAGUCAAGAAAAAUCCCAUCAAAAUCUCUGUGAAAACGUCAACUCCGACACCAACGACUGAAGCUGUU